AUUUUUAAUUUUUUUUUUAAAGAAAGAAGGAAAGAGAGAUUUUUUUUAAGAUUUAUUUAUUUAUUAUAUAUAAGUACACUGUAGCUGUCUUCAGAUACACCAGAAGAGGGCAUCAGAUCUCUUUACAGAUGGUUGUGAGCCACCAUGUGGUUGCUGGGAAUUGAACUCAUAACAUCUGGAAGAGCAGUCGGGUGCUCUUAACCACUGAGCCAUCUCUCCAGCCCUCUAUUUUUAAUUUUUAAGAAUGUAUAAUGGGUAUUUGAAUGUGCUGGUGUCGAAGCCAGAGGACGAUGUUCAUGAGUCAGAGUCAGUUCUCCUCUACAGUGGGCUGCAGGGACUGGCCUGGGCUCAUCAGGCCUGCCUGGUAACUGCUUCUACAGCUGAGCCACCCUCCUGGCCCGCUUCUGUCUUUUAAUUUUGCAUUUAAUUCUUCUAUGUAGGAUAUUCAGUUGGCUCGAACCCGUGAACUGAAGCCCUAUGUCAUAUUUAUUAAGCCACCUAGCAUGAGCUCCAUGAGACACUCUAGGAGGAAUGCUAAGAUUAUUACUGACUACUUUGUGGACAUGAAGUUCAAGGUAAAUCACACCAGAAUCCUGGUGUUCCUUUCAUUAUGGGGAGGUGGAGAGCUAUUGGGCGGCUGAGCUGAAGGCCUUUCUCUGUUUUCUUUGUUUGACCCUCUUCUCAGGAGCACUUCAAGGAAAUGGUUUUUAAAAAAAUAAAAACCACUGCUGUUUCCACAGAAUCCUUUGAAAGUUUUAACAAGUAAUGACUUUUCAAUUUAUCCUUAAUUUUUUGUUUUCCAUUUUUUAUUAUUGGAUAUUUUAAAUUUACAUUUCAAAUGUUUUUCCCCUUCCUCGAUAGACAUUGGUGGUGCACACCUUUAAUCCCGGCACUCUGGAGGCAUAGGCAGAUCUUUGAGUUCAAGGCCAGCCUGGUCUAUACAGGCUGUCUCAGGACUACACAGAGAAACUUUGACCUGAAAAACAAACAAAUCAAACUCCAAACCAAACAAAACCCCUCAAGAUUAUUAUUUACGGUUACUAAAAUAAGGUUUAAUAAAUGCUAUUUUUUUCUGAGCUUAGCAAAAGACUCAGAAGCCACUGCAAAGCUAAACAAAUAUAUGUAUAGCCUAUUUCUAUUUUUGAAGUGUUUUUACUAAAAUACUUUGUAAAAUGUUAUAUUGAGUAUACCUCAUCUGUAAAAUAAGAUAUUUCACAAAAAUGUUUAUUAAUAAUGAUACAAGAGGCGCAGUCAGGAGAACUAAUUCUAAGUGAGGUUUUCUCUUUAUCAAUGGAUGUGUAUUUAAAUACAUUAAAUCCACUUUAGAAAAUUUAAGCCAUAGCAUAUGACUUACUAAAAUGUAGAAAUCUUAAGUGCAUAUAGCUCAGUGAAUUUUUAUAUGUAUGCCCCUAGAUAAUCAUCCAGACAUUACAGCCCCGUGUGUGUGUGUGUGUGUGUGUGUGUGUGUGUGUGUGUGUGUGAGAGAGAGAGAGAGAGAGAGAGAGAGAGAGAGAGAGAGAGAGAGAAGCAGACAGACAGACAAGAUUUAUUGUCUUGGAGCCAGUGAGCUGGCUCACUGGUUAAAGGUGUCUGUCACCACAUCUGAUGACAUUUGAUCCCUAGGACCCACAUAGUGGAGUUGUCCUUUGUUUUUUGCACACGCAUGAUUAAACAGAUGUAUACAUUUUAGAAAUGAACCACUAUAGUAACUGUACAGCUCAGUAGUACUGACUAUAUUUAUAUUACUGUGAAAUAGAAUUUUUGCCUUGAAAACUAAAAAAAAUAUGACAGCUUCACAAAUCUGCAUGUCCUUUUCGGCCAGAGGCCACUGCUAAUCUCCAUACUGUUCCAGUUUUAGGAUGUCUUGUCAAAGCAAGUCGAAAGUAUUUUUAUAUUACCCUUAAGUAUUUUCUCUUUUUAUUUUUCAAUUACCAUGAAACUCUGGUUUUCUGGUUUGACCUUUUGACAUCUAUGGACAGGACAAUCUGUUUUCUAAGUCUCUAGGGCUUUUAAGUUUGUGUCCUUGUGGGGUUGGGGAUUUAGCUCAGUGGUAGAGCACUUGCCUAGCAAGCGCAAGGCCCUGGGUUCGGUCCCCAGCUCCGAAAAAAAGAAAAGAAAAAAAAAAGUUUGUGUCCUUGUUAGGCACGGGGGUGCACACCUGAAAGCACACUUGGGUGAGGCACAAGCAUCACGGAUGGAAAGCCAGGUUUAGACAGCAAGACUCUGCCUCCAAAACCCACAGUGAGAAAGGGGUGGGGCAUACAAAGACUAGAGUGGAUAUGUAAUUGACAUAAUUGUUUAUAAAUACCUCACCGCUUUGCCAGUAGGACGCCUGAUGUCUUAUUGCCCGUGCCACUCACAUUGUUCAAUCUCCCUGAAGGAUGAAGACCUACAAGAGAUGGAGGAGCUAGCCCAGAAAAUGGAGAGUCAGUUUGGCCAGUUUUUUGAUCACGUGAUUGUGAAUGACAACUUGCAAGAUGCCCGUGCCCAGCUGUUGUCUGCCAUACAGAAGGCUGAGGAAGAACUGCAGUGGGUACCAGAGGCAUGGGUUUCCCCUGGCGCUGAAUCUUAAAAGAUCCAGACUAACAGCUGCCAUUGAGAGCACGACAACUGCAACUACGAAGGGCUGCAGCUUAUGGAACGGCUUUAACUAGCAUCUAACUAGCAUCGUAUACUUAUAGGGAGCUACUCGUUUGGCUCUCAGGCAUUUCCCCGCUGUUUCCCCAUAUAAGCUAAAGGUAGGGAUGUGAACAAUGGUGUCUCUGUAUGUGAGAAUAUUACAGAUUUCAUAUGUUGUAAGACGGCUUUCAAAAAUCUUCUAAAUAAAUCAGACUAAUGACAGAAGCUGUAUUUUACUUUGUAAAAUACUUUGUCUUAUUUCUCUUUAUUUUUACAAAAGUGCCUAGUUGACCAACUAAGCUAAGAACGAGUCUAAUAAGGAAACCUAUGACAUUGUUAUUUCCAAAUUAGCAAAGGGCAGUGGACUAGUCCUGGAGGCCUGUAUAUGUGCUCCAAAAUAAGGAUGUUGGUAUAGAGUCUUAGUCUCCCUAGAUCUGAAGCUUCCCUGAUUCCCUGUUCAUUUUUGUAUCCACACUUCCCUCCAUCCUAUCUAUUUUUUUAACUAUAACUUUUCCCACUGAAGAAACUAUCAGAACUGAUCAUUCAAACUAUAUUCCUGGGCCAGCAGGGACCCUGGGCCUGCCAGUGAAAGCGACCCUCCCUAUUUCAGUCACAGGGCUCUCCCUCCAGGAGGCACCAUGGUAGGCAGGAACCAGGCCUGGGAACCGUGGCCUCUCCAGGCUCCACAAAGCCGCCUCCUCCUGCAGGUCCCCGGAGGCCCGGCGUCGCGGGGAGCUGGCCUCGGGCUCCAGCGGUUGAGCCUAAGGAGGCCCGCAGGAAAGCAUCAUGAGGGACGACUCAGGGCCUCCGCUGGAAGAGGACAAAGCGGUGAGCGACCAGGGGCCCAUGACCCGGAGUGUGGCACUGUGGAGGUGUCCUAACCAGCAGUGACCACCGCCGAGCCCGAAGUCGGAGAACAGCUGUGCCCGAGGGGUGCGGCGGGGCCAGAUAGGGGCGGUACGGCUGGGCGGCCCCCCAAAAGUCGAUCAAUCCCAACCAACAUCCCAGUGCCCGUCAGCGUUGCCAUGACGACACCUCUGGGCGGCUCUCGGCUGCAGGCAAAGCGGGAGAGGAGGCUGUUUCCGGUGGGAGCUUGAAUCCUGGUCUGGUCAAGCGGUGCUCAUCCCCACGCAAAUCGUGAUGACCUCCCGGGAAACUGUGGGUGAACCCCCUCCGCUCCUGGGGACGUCGACAUACGCUGAGGUUUUCCUUUGAGCUUAGUUUGAAGGGGUCAGACCAGGUUCGGCCCGGGUAGCCCCAAAACCUCUGGCGGGAGGGGUGGGGACGCUUCGGGUCCCGGAGCCAGGGAGGCGCAGCCCGAUGACGCUCUGCGCCUGCGCCUGGGCGGACAGGCCGGGGCGGGGCGGGCGGCCGCUGUUCUCUGUGCUCUACAGCCGUCCCUGGAGACGUGAUGGGGAAGAAGCAAGUGGUUAGCGAGCCUCAGCGUCCUCCGCGAGCACUUCCACCUGUGCCAAGUGCUAUCCAAGAUGAGAUUCCACUUAGUCAUCCUAAGAAAAAGAAAUCCAGAACAAAGAGCACACCAGCUCCUGCUUCUUCAGAAGGCCUUGCUGAGCCCGUUGUUAACAGGAGGGCUGAGGGCAGUGAGCCACCAGCUGCAGAACUCAAGGAGUACCCAGAGGCUCCUGUUCAAAGGAAACAGAAGAAGAUAAGACCACCUCCUGAGUUGGAGACUUCCUUCACUGAAAAGCCAUCCAGUCCGUCUUUACUACGGAAUGAAAACGGCAUGGACGUGGAGCCUCGUGAGGAAGUGGUUAUUCCAAAACCUCGAAGGAAGGCGAAGAAAAUGCAGCCAGCGGAACCACAGUAUGCCAGCGAGCUAGGGGUAGAAGAUGAAGACGUAAUUACGGAUGAGCAGAGCACUCUAGAACACCACUCUAGGUUCACCGCACCCACCGGAGUCAGCCAGCCUGUUGGCAAAAUAUUUGUGGAAAAAAGCCGGAGAUUUCAGGCGGCGGACCGUUCGGAGUUGAUAAAGACCACAGAAAACGUAGAUGUGUCAAUGGACAUGAAGCCAUCUUGGACUACCCGCGAUGUGGCACUUUCCGUGCACCGAGCUUUCAGGAUGAUCGGCCUCUUCUCUCACGGCUUCUUGGCUGGCUGUGCUGUGUGGAAUAUUGUUGUGAUCUGUGUUCUCGCGGGAGACCAGUUCUCUAAUGUCUCCAACCUUCUGCAGCAGUACAAGCCCUUGGCAUAUCCCUUCCAGAGCCUUCUUUACUUGCUUUUGGCUCUAAGUACAGUUUCAGCAUUUGACAGGAUCGACUUUGCUAAAACCUCAGUAGCAAUCCGGAACUUUUUGGCCCUGGAGCCAACAGCUUUAGCCUCUUUCUUGUAUUUUACUGCUCUAACACUAUCUCUGAGUCAGCAAAUGACAAGUGACAGAAUCUACCUUUACGAACCUUCUGUCAAUGGAAGCCUCUGGCCAGCAGAAGUGGAGGAACCGGUUCUCAUGCCAUGGGUCAUAGUGAAUCUGGUGGUGGCGCUUCUGGUUGGAUUAGCCUGGCUCUUUUUGUCUUACAGGCCAGGCAUGGAUCUUAGUGAAGAGUUGAUGUUCUUUUCUGAUGUGGACGAGUACCCCGAGAGAGGAGUCAAAGCGUCUCCGUAGCGCCGGCCGGCUCCGUCCCUGCAGUGACGGCCUGCGUUCCCCACUCCCGUUUUUAAGUGUAUUUUUAUAAGAUACAUGUAUUUAUAAUCGAGCUUUUGUUACAUAAUGCUGAAAUGCUACUGUAGAUUGUAAAUUAUAUCUGGUCUUUAUACCAAAUAUUAGGGUCUUUAUUAUUUUCACCUUAGUGACACAGGAGAUAAUGAGCUAAAACAAACAAACAAACAAACAAAAAAACACAGCAGGUGAUGUGUUUGUUUCCUGUCCUUUCAAAUUUGCAAAAUUCAUGAUUAUUAUUAGCUAAAGAGCACCAAUUUAGAAAAGCCUUAACCUCAGUGUUAUAAAAUAUACAUCAAGUUUAAAUGUAAAUUUAGUGAAUGGGGAAGAUGGAAAAAUGUCUUCAUUUUAUAUUUUUGAUGUCUUCUUAUGGAACACUGCAGGAUGUGAUUUGUUUUCUCUGAAUCUGGCUAGUGUUAUAGCUCAUAUAAUAAUUAUUUGCCAUUUGAAUUGAAAGAUGCUUUAUAGCUAAUAAAACAGAAAUACCUAUCUUUGAGAGGCUUUAAAAACUGAAGAUUUUUCCUUUUUAAAAUCUGCACCAGUUAUUCUCCUGUCUGCUUGCCCCUCAGAAUCAUGUAGGGAGCUUUGGGAGAAUGGCUCACACCUCCUGUAAUCUAGGGCGUGGGAGGCAGAAGCAGGGGAUCACGAGGUCAUUGCCACCCUCAGCUACUCAGCGAGUUUGAGUCCAGCCUGAGAGACAUGAGAGCCCAUUUCUGAAACCAAAAGCAGCAACAACGAAGUCAGACAGCAAGGAGAAGCUGGACCAAUAGCCAGCUCAGGCGUGUGAUCUGGGGCUGACCUCUGAGUCUCUGCUCUGACUUCGUACAGUUGAUGGAUUUCAAACCUGGGGUUUUAUUCUGGAAGGCAGGGACUCUACCACUGAGCCCCCUCCCCAGUCCUUCUGUUUCUGCUAGUUUUCUGAGAAAGGGUCUUGCGCUGUCUCUCGGACUGACCUUAAACUCUUGAUCCUCCUUCCCCAGCCUCUUGAAUGCUGCGAUCAAGGGGUUCUUCUUGUGAGUCACGGGAAACAUGAAUGGAAGGUCACCGUCCUCAUUUUCACUCUCUAUCGGAUAUCUCAGGUUUUUGGAAAAUUCCACUCUUGGGGUGGGUUCUGCGUAGAAAAAAAACGCUGUCCUAACACAUUUCAAAUGGUUCUUCAGCUGGUGUCUGUGAGCUUAAGUCCGACAGCUUAAGUCAGUGAGAAGACCUGCUAGAAGAGAAGGUGACUCAAAGGCUGUUGGACACAUCCCCGAAACUACUGGGCCUCCCAGAUUAGCACACAACUGAAUGUUGUAUAGAAGAUGAUGGACGGAUUGUUAAGUGAGGUGGCUGUUCUUGUCUCUGCAGCACCAUAGUGAAACUGUCCUUUACUAUCUGUAAGGCCCGAGUUGCUGAACGGGUAUUUACCCGUGUUAUAGAAUUAUAAAUACAUGCAGUUCUGACAUUCCUGCCAGUUUUAGUCUUCACUGAUUAGCGGUGAUUCUCAUGUCGGCAGCAGCUGGAAGUGUAGGAGUUCAUAGUCUGUUUUGCAGCUUCUGCAGGGAUGUGCUGAAGUUGACCAUAUCUGAAUUGUGUCAUCAAGGAGAAAUGGGGAAAGGUGCUCUCAGUGUGGGGUUGUUUCUGACUGAGUCAUGGCCCCUCUAAUUCCUGGAGUCCACGAUAAUAUGACUUUUCACAUCAAAAGUGGUUUUGCAGAUGUGAGUAGGGAUAAGAGCCCUGAAAUGGGGAGAGUAUCCUCCAUUGUGAGGUGGCUGAUGUUUUCUAAAGGAUUAAAGAAACCCUUUUAUAUUUCAUCAAAGAGCUGUUGGUCAGUUGUGAUAUUUCUGCUUAUAAAGGAGGAGGGUCCUUUAGUGACCCGAAAGGCUGGAAACAGACUCUUACUCAGUAGCCAACAGAAAGGCUGGAAACAGACUCUUACCCAGUAGCCAACAGAGAUGGAAUUCAUGAAUUCUAUCAAGGACAAGCAAGGAAUCAGUCCUCCAGGAAGUGGUACCGUCCCUGUGAUACUUUGGUUUGGAUUCAGUUAUAUCUGUACCAGACUUGAAAUACAGACAGGUACAGCUUCGUAUUAGCCAAGUGGCUAGGUUUGCUCCAAAUGGCAUGGAGAAUGCAGCCUUGCACUGCGGCUGGAGGAAGCUGACUGUUAAUAACGUCUUAACUGACAGUGGGAGAGUGAUCUUUGAAUUCUGUCAGGUCUGAGAGAAUGACGGAAUCUACAAGUCCUUCACCACCACAACUCAACAGUGCACGUCAAAGAUUCUUUUGACCGUGAUUAGGAAAGUUCUUUACAAGAGCCCCAUUGGUUAAUUCAUGGCCGAUUGCUACGAUGAGAAUAUCAGACCUGUCAAAUUGGAAUUUUUGAGGAUGAAGCCUAGGUUUGUGGGAGCAGCAGGAAGAGAGGAUGAGGCUCUUAAUCUACUUAGAUCUGGGAAUGGAAGGACCUAGAAAAGGUUUGUAGGUGAAGUUAGAUGUAAGCAGAGGCUUUAUAAAAUGGAUCAUUUCCUUGUAGAGAUGAGUACCAAAAAACCAGAAAGGUGAAUGAGCUUAUAACUUGAAAAAACCUUUCAUUAUAGUCAUCAUCAUCAGUGUGUAUAAAUGAUAGGGAAGGGUUUUGUGCCACAGACUCAAUAUGGAGGUCAAAGGACAACUCUGUGCAGUUGGUUCUCUCCUUCGUCAUUUAUAUGGGUUCCGGGUAUCAAACUUGGGUCGUCAGGCUCGUGCAAGGAUGUUUGUCUGCUGAGCCAGCUCACCAGUUCAGCUCGACAUUUAAAAAAAUAAAAAAGUUUUAUUUUUAUUUACAUGAAUGUGUGUCCACGCCACAUGCAUGUGGGUGCCUCUGCAGGCUAGAAGUGUUAGAUUCCCAGAACUACAAGAAGUUGUCAGCUGUCCAGGGUGGGUACUGAGUACUGAACUUGUCCUCUGAGACAGCUGCAGAUGUUCUUGACCACGCCCAGCAUCAUCACUGGAGCACGUUUUGGAGAUCUUUUAAAAACACAGAGUUGUGAGAUAUCAGGUUAGGCUUAAUGUUAAACUUUUGAAUGCCCCCAACUCUUUUUCUUUCAAAAUCUUUUCAAGGGAAAUUUAUUCUAAGACUCGGGGGCAUAUCUCUAGGAAUGCACAGUAAGUAUCAUUAAAGCAACUAGAAAAAAUAAUUCCACGAUAUUUAAGAUCCAGUUCAUUUUUAGAAUUUUUCUAGUUGUCCCUCAGAUGAAAUUUGAGAGACCAAAUCUACUUCAUCUUGGGUCUGGCCUCCAUCUUAAAAAAAAAAAAUCAAAAACAAAACAAAAACAGUCUGAGAACUUGACCUACAGCUGAAUCCAAGGUGCACCCAAGUACUAGGAAGGGCCCUGGGGUUUGUCCUUGCCCGUAGCCCAGAGUUACUCCCUAGAUACUCCCUAGCAACAGUUAGUUAAGAUCAGUCUGAUUGUUUCAGAUGUACCUUCAGACUGUUUGUGAUGGUAUAUGGUUUUGCUUCAGAGCCUGUCGGCUUACAGUCAUUCUACUACUUGCUUGCCAGACUGGACAACCCCUCACUUGCUCCUACUUUCCUAUAAAAACUUAUCCUGUUGAGGGUUCAGGGCUGCUCUGCCUUCCCUUCCCAUCCUGCUGUGUCAGGGUUGGGUUGUAGGAGAGCCCAAGCCUGAGCUUGUAAUAAAGAGACCCUAAUGCUAUUACAUCA